AUGCCACGGCUGCUCUGUCCAGCCCAUGGUUUAUGGCGGGAAUGGACUCGGAGCCGAUCAGGCAUUCCUGAUGCAGAACAAACCCGAACUUGCGCCCCUCCCCGCCAUGCUGGGGUGCUCGGCCUCCUGCUGCUGGCGCUCUGCCUCCCCGUCAACAGCCACGCCACCGUCUUCAAGGUGGGCCUGGUUGGACCGUGGUCGUGUGACCCUCUCUUCGGCAAGGCCAUGCCUGACUUGGCGGCUCGGUUGGCCGUGAACAGGAUCAACCGGGACGCCUCCCUGUCACCGGACUCCUCCUUCGACUACGUGGUUUUGGAGGAGGACUGCCAGACCUCGGGGGCCCUGCGGGGGUUCCUGGGGUACUACACCCAUGCCUCUGCCUUCGUGGGACCUGCCAACCCGGGCUACUGCGAGGGCGCCGCCCUGCUGGCCAGGAGCUGGAACAAAGCGCUGUUCUCCUGGGCCUGCGUUGGCCACGAGCUGGAGGAGACACACAGGUAUCCCAACCUGGCCCCAACCUUGCCCACACCCACCCUGGCGCUGCUGGCCUUACUGCGCCACUUCCGCUGGGCGCACGUGGGCGUGGUGUCCUCAGAGGAGGACGUCUGGGUGGAGACGGCCAGCAAAGUUGCCGGUACCCUGCGGAGCCAUGGCCUCCCGGUGGACCUGGUGACCUCCACGGGCCCGGACCCUCCCAGCAUGCGCCACGCCCUGGCCAAGAUUAAGAGGGCGGAGUACCUGAGGCUGGUGAUCCUCUGCAUGCACUCCGUGCUGAUUGGAGGGGAGACGCAGAAGCGUUUCCUGGAGACGGCCUACGACAUGCGCGUGACGGACGGCUCUGUGGUGUUUGUGCCGUACGACACGCUGUUGUACAGCCUGCCGUACCGUGACGUGCACUACCCCGCCCUGCAGAACAACAGCAAGCUUCGGCGUGCCUACGAUGCGGUGCUCACCCUGACGCUGGAGUCCCCCGGCCCCUCCUUCUACCAGGCCUACCAGGAGGCCGUGAUGCACAGCGAGCUGCCAAAUACCCUCAAACCCCAUCAGGUGUCUCCUCUGUUCGGCACCCUGUACAGCUCUGUGCUGCUGGCGGCCCAGGCUCUGCAAGGUGUGCGGGACUCGGGGGAGUGGCUGUCAGGGGAGAGCCUGGCCCGGCACGGCCGUGGCCUCAGCUUUACCGGCUUCGCCCAGCGGGUGCUCGGUAACAGCUCCGGGGCCUGCCUGCCGCACUACACCCUGCUGGACACGGAUGGGCAGUCCUGCUCCCUGCACCCCACCCACCGCAUCGACGCGCAGGACGCCAUGGUGAGGUACCUGGGCCGGCACAUUCACUUCCCCCGUGGCGCUGCCCCCAAAGCUGACUCCAGCUGCUGGUUCACCCACGGCAAGAUCUGCACUGGAGGGGUGGAUCCCUUCUAUGUCCUGAGCAUCUUCCUGUCUGUGUUCCUGCUGGUCUUGAUCCUGAUGGGGGCCUUGUUCUUCAUAAGACGACGCAUCAGCAAGAUCAGAAAGGUCCGUGGCCCAAACAAGAUUCUUCUGACCCUGGCUGAUGUCACAUUCAUCAACCCAUCACUAAGCAACAAGAAGCUGAGUAUGAGUGAAAGCAAGAGCAGCGAUGUGGGGCGCAGUCCAUCUGACGCAGACCUCAGCCUUAAAUCCCCGUUCUCCUCCGUCAGCCUGGCCCCCGCCACGUACGACAACUCCAACGUGGUCGUCUACGAGGGAGAUUGGGCAUGGCUUAAAAAACUCCCAUCGGGACAUUUUGGAGCCAUCACCCCGAAAACCAGUGACGUUUUUGAAAUGAUGAAGGACAUGAGGCAUGAAAACGUGAAUCCCUUCCUGGGGUUCUUCCAUGACUGCGGAAUGUUUGCCCUGGUGACGGAAUUCUGUUCCCGUGGCAGCCUGCGGGACCUGCUGCAGAACGAGGAUGUCAAACUAGACUGGAUGUUCAAGUCCUCGCUGCUGCUCGACCUCAUCAAGGGCAUGAAGUACCUCCACCACAGGGAGCUGUGCCAUGGCCGGCUAAAGUCACAAAACUGCGUAGUGGAUGGACGCUUUGUGCUCAAGAUUACUGACUAUGGCUACAAAGAGGUGCUAGAGGCUCAGAGGUUUCCCUAUGUUCACCCACCCCCUGAGGAGCUCCUGUGGACGGCCCCUGAGUUGCUGAGGGCCCCUCACCCAGGCAUCAAAGGUUCCCAGCCGGGUGAUGUGUACAGCUUCUCCAUCAUCAUGCAGGAGGUGGUGAUCCGGGGCGCGCCCUACUGCAUGCUGGGCCUGCCAGCCGAGGAGCUCAUUCAGAAGCUGCAGAAGCCAGUGCCCCUGUGUCGGCCGCUCGUUUCACCAGAUCACGCUCCCAUGGAUUGCAUCCAGCUGAUGAAACAGUGCUGGAACGAGCAGCCGGAAAAACGCCCAACUUUCAACGAUAUCUUUGACCAGAUUAAAAACAUGAAUAAGGGGAAGAAGACGAACAUCAUCGACUCCAUGCUGCGCAUGUUGGAGCAGUACUCCAGCAACCUGGAGGAGCUGAUCCGGGAGAGGACUGAGGAGCUGGAGAUAGAGAAACACAAGACUGAGAAACUGCUCACUCAGAUGCUUCCCCCGUCUGUGGCAGAGGCGCUGAAAAUGGGCUGCACUGUGGAGCCUGAACAUUUUGAGUGUGUGACGCUGUACUUCAGUGACAUUGUGGGCUUUACCACCAUCUCUGCAAACAGCGAGCCCAUCGAAGUGGUCGACCUCCUUAACGACCUCUACACUUUAUUUGAUGCCAUCAUCGGAGACCAUGACGUCUACAAGGUGGAGACCAUUGGUGACGCGUACAUGGUGGCAUCGGGGCUUCCUGUUCCUAAUGGUGACCGGCAUGCGGCUGAGAUCGCCAACAUGGCCCUGGACAUCCUCAGUGCCGUCGGCACCUUCAAGAUGCGGCACAUGCCUGACGUGCCCGUGCGCAUUCGCAUCGGCCUGCACACAGGCCCAUGUGUGGCUGGAGUGGUGGGUCUGACCAUGCCCAGGUACUGCCUGUUUGGAGAUACAGUGAACACUGCCUCCCGAAUGGAGUCCACAGGGAUGCCUUACCGCAUCCAUGUGAGUGACAGUACCGUGAAGGUCCUACUGGAACUGAAGGAGGGCUACAAGGUUCAGCAAAGAGGAAGGACAGAACUUGAGGGCAAAGGAACGGAGGAGACAUACUGGCUCACUGGUAAGGAAGGCUUCACCAAACCACUGCCUAUCCCACCGGAACUCAAGCCAGGGCAAAAGGCUCAUGGGCUACAGAUGGAGGAAAUAGCACGGUACAAGCGCCGAAAAGCAGAGCAACAGCUUACCGGCAAGAAGAACUGA